AUGAGCCGUCUGAUAUGGUUGGCCGGUCUCACCGCUACCGUAUGGACAUACGAUUUCAGCGACUGGUUACCACCAUUUAACGAGAGCAGUCGAAUUUACGAGCUGUGCACUAAUGAGAUGGACGAAGUUAUUCUGAUCAGACCGGACCUUUCAAGGAUAUUUCUACAUGGAAAAAAUAGUGGUCUAUGUUAUCUCGGAUUUCGCAAAAUUUGUACCAAAAAAGGAUCAAGGUUUGGUGUGGAUGAUGCGAUCGUUGAGAUUUGUGACAAAGGCCGGCUAGUGGCUAAAGAAGAGCACUUCGAUUUGUACUUGUAUUCAUCUUUAUUCAAAGCACUCUACGAACGGGACAACAUGGAUCGAAUGCAAAUUCUGUCAACGAGUCUCAGAUGUCUACUCAGACCUUUACAGUCGAUGCUAUGUGCCGCAUGUUUCAAAACGUCAGCG